CCUCACAGCUGAACAUGGCUUCCAAAGUAAUCCUCCUGGCCGCCCUUGUGGUCGCCACAUUAGCCGAGCUACGCCCCUCCUACAACCCUCCACCUCCCUCCUACAGUGCCCCGCGUCCCUCCUACAGAGCUCCAGCACCUUCAGGUGUUCCUCAGUACAAAUUCAACUGGCUGGUGAAGGACGCCAACUCGGGUAACGAUUUCGGUCAAGACGAAGCUCGUAAUGGAUACGAUACUCAGGGAUCCUAUUACGUCCAGCUUCCCGACGGUCGACUGCAGAGAGUUUCCUACACUGUGAACGGUGACUCCGGCUACAUUGCUCAAGUUGAAUACCAGGGUGAGGCCCAAUACCCAGCCUACCAGCCUAGCUAUAAGCCCACCCCCAGCUACCAGCCCGCCCCUGUCUAUGGUUAAUUUAGUCAUCGAGUGAAAUUAACU